AUGUCGCCUCUGUUCAAAGUCGUGCUCCUUGGGGACUCCUCCGUGGGAAAAACCUCUCUUCUCAACAGACUUAUCACAGACAAGUUCGACCCAAAUCUGCCCAACACAAUUGGAGCCGCUUUUAUAUCUAAAGAGUACACUUCGAAUGACAGGACAGUGAGGCUUGACAUCUGGGACACCGCUGGUCAAGAACGAUACAAGUCACUAACGCCUAUUUACUAUAGAAAUGCCAAAGAGGCACUUGUUUGCUUCGAUCUUUCCUGUCCAGAAGCCUCAUUUGAGAGAGCAAGAUACUGGGUAGAUCAGAUAAAGACACUGGGACCUCCCGAUAUAAAAGUAAGAGUUGUGGGUAACAAAAAAGAUCUUGUGGAUGAAUCCGAAGUGAAUCUCUCAAUGGUUCACGAAUUCUGUGAGGAGAAUGAGGUCUCUCUUUACCUCACAAGUGCCAAGAUGGGCGAGGGGGUAAAGGAGAUUUUUGACGAUAUGGUUGGACUGAUAGAUAGAGAGUUCUUUGAGACAUCAAGUGAGCAGUCUGAGUCGCUACCGCAGCCGAUCUCUUUACUCAGUAGGGGUACCAAAAACACUACGUGCUGUUAA